GGGCGGGCGGCCCCGCGCCGGAGUCCGCGCCCGGCACCGGUGGCAUCGAGGCGGCGCCCGGCGCACCCGGGCGCAGCUUUUACACAGGAAGUUCCUACAACAAGGUGCUUGCCAGUCACCCUUCCCCAGAUCCCGAAUGCACCCCUGGCCAGGUGGCACAGAGGACAGUCAUUCUGCUGGUCAUGCUGAGCUCAUACUCUGAUGGCUGCUCCAUGAGGUCAAGACUGGGGCCCCUCCCUUCUCCCACUUUACCAAUGCCUGGUCUCAUGGGGUUAGUUUGGAGCCCACAACGAUGGCAUCAUCAACCUCCUCCCCGGCUCCUGGCUCCAGGUCCAAGAAGUCUCUGGGCAAGAUGGCUGGCUGGUUCAGGCAGGCCCUGUCGAGGAAGCCCACGAAGAAGCCCGUCUCCCCAGAAAGCGCCCCCAGCGCCGUUUCACAGCCGAGCUCACCGGACAGCCCCCCAUCCCUGGGCCGCAGCUCAGAGGCGUCUCCCGUCCCUACACCGUCGCACGGGGGCGCCGAUGGCGGCGGCAGCGGCGGCCGCUGGAGCAAGGACUAUGAUGUGUGCGUGUGCCACAGCGAGGAGGACCUGGCGGCCGCCCAGGAGCUGGUCUCCUACCUGGAGGGCGGCGCCGCCAGCCUGCGCUGCUUCUUGCAGCUCCGCGACGCCACCCCCGGCGGCGCCAUCGUGUCCGAGCUCUGCCACGCGCUGAGCAGCAGCCACUGCCGCGUGCUGCUGAUCACCCCGGGCUUCCUCCGGGACCCGUGGUGCAGGUACCAGAUGCUGCAGGCGCUGAGCGAGGCCCCCGGCGCCGAGGGCCGCACCAUCCCGCUGAUGUCCGGCCUCAGCCGAGCCGCCUAUCCCGCCGAGCUCCGAUACAUGUACUUCGUGGACGGCCGCGGUCCCGAACGCGGCUUCCGCCAAGUCAAGGAGGCUGUCAUGCGGUACCUGCAGACCCUUGGCUGAUGCUUGAUCCAUCACCACUGCGCCCAGACAGUUGGAGAAAAGUGGGAAAUGGGGUUAGAGGGCCCAGGCCCUGGGAUUCCAGCAGACACAGAGUUGUAAGGAGUGGGUUUGCAGGACACUGUAUGUGACCCAGGGAUCAGACUGUCUGUGGCCUCCAUAUCCUUGGGCUCUCAGGAAGGACCCAGGGAAGUUGGGGAGCCCCUCCAGGAAGGCCUGGCGAGGCUGGGGACUCCCCCAGGAAGGCCUGGGGAGACUGGGGACUUCCCCAAGAAGGCCUGGGGAGACUGGGGAUCCCCCAGGAAGGCCUGGAAGAGCCAGAAAGCGGAGGUGGGAGGAAGUGCUGAUACCAAGAUAUGGCCCACGUGAUGCCGCCUGCGUGACUGGACAUGAAGCCUGGCAGGUCAUAUCUAUGUCUCCAUCCCCUGGAAUCGGGCACUGGUGUUGAGGUGCAUUCCUCUUGAAGAGGUGGCUCCCCUGAGUAAGGAGCUGGAAUCCUGGACCACUUGCCUCAGCUGCGUGGUUUUCCCAGGUGCCGGGGAAGCCCUGAGCAGGCGUCAGGACAAAGCAACAGGUAUGCUGUCUUUCACACUCACACUCCUGCCGGGGUCUCCCUGUGAUGUUGUUCACAUCUACAAGGUAUGUGGAAGAUGCCCUCAGCACUGUUGUUUGUUUCCACUGCACGCCUGUCAUUCAAGACCCACACCUAGAGACCAUUCAGAAGAGAUAGGAGAGAGCGGGGAGCAGGUGGGGCAAAGAGAAGGGAAACUCAGACCUUUUAGCUGGGAUCAAAAGCCCUCUCACCGAUCACUGACAUGUGGGGGCUUCAUCAGGGGUCUGGCCAGAACUCAGGCUUUCUCAUGCAGAGAGCCCCUCACCUCUGCACUCAGAGGAAUCAGUGUAUUUCCUCUGGAGGAUGGUAUGUUUUCAAUAAAACUUGUUGUUGAACUGAAAUGAACUUAUUAUUUCCCUGAUGUAUACUUUGUGUCUCUUCCUCCACUCCCCACCCCCCCCCCCACCCCGCCACAUCUUUUACUGAAAAAAAUACACACAUAUAUAUUUUUCUAAAAACUGAGAGAUAAUUGACAUAUAUUAGUUUCAAGUGUACAUGAUGUGCUAUCUGCAUAUAUGAAAAAACCUUUAAUUACAAAUUUUCUUAUUACAUAUGAAAGGACUAAAGAAUAAUGUAGUACACUCACCUACUCUACACCCAGCUUAUUUUUUUUUAUACAAUACAUUGUAAUUUUUACUUUUUUUUUCCAGUUUAGGAUUUUUAUUAUUUUUUUUUCCAUUUAUUUUUAUUAGUUGGAGGCUAAUUACUUUACAAUAUUGUAGUGGUUUUUGUCAUACAUUGAAAUGAAUCAGCCAUGGAUUUACAUUACACCCAGCUUAGAAGCAAACCCUCACAAGCCCCAUGUUGCUCCCUAUCUGUCCUUAAUUAUAUUCUCCUUCCUUCUCCCACUAGAAGUAACCACUAUCCUAAAUUUUGAAUGUUACCACUCUUAGCUUUUCUCUAGAAAUUUAUUACAUAUGUAUGCAUCCCUGACAGCAUACUUUUACAUGGUUUUGUAUUGUAAAUAAGUGGUGUUAUGUUUACAGAUUAUGCAAAUUCCUUCCUUGGGCCAUAUGUUUGUAAGAUGUAUCCACGAUGAUGCAUGGAGCUCCAGUACAUUCACUUUCAUUCCAUUAUGUAAAUAUAUCACUGUUUAGCUGCACAAUCUUUUACAAAUGGACACUAGGUUUCCAGUUUUUUGGUUUUUGUUUUUUUUUUUUUGCUAUUGAAAACAAUAAGCCUGUGAGCAUUUUUAUUCUUGUAUAUGUUUUCCAGGGCAAGAUCUUCUAGGAUUUAACCUAGAUGGGGAAUAGUCAAGAAUAUCCAGUGGUUUUGGCAGAAGAUAUGAAAUUUUCCUCCAAGUUGAUUCUGCCAAUUUCUAUUCCUACCCUGUGUGUAGAAGAGUUGCCACUUUUUCAUCUUCUUGCUAACAAUUAGAAUUAUCAGAUUUUUUAAUUUGUAUUUUUUGUUGCACUGCACAGCUUUUGGGAUCUUACUUCCCUGACCAGGGAUUGAACCCAGGCCCUGGCAGUGAAAGUGCUGAGUCCUAAACACUGGACUGCUAGGGAAUUACUUAGAAUGAUCAGUUUUUUAGGGCUUCUCCAGUAGCUCAGAAGGUAAAGCAUCCGCCUGUAAUGCAGGAGACCAGGGUUCAAUCCCUGGGUUGGAAAGAUCCCCCUGGAGAAGGCAAUAGCAACCCACUCCAGUAUUCUUGCCUGAAGAAUUCCAUGGACAGAGGAGCCUGGUAGGCUACAGUCCAAGGAGUCACAAAGAGUCAGACACAACUGAGUGACUAACACAUACACACACGUCAGUUUUUUAAGUGUGUGUUAAUUUGGUGGGUGAAUACUGGUAUCCUAUUGUCAUAAUAUUCUUUCUUCUCUUUUGCCUUUAUUAUAAAAAAUAUACACUAAAAGGAAGGAGGCAGUUUGACAAAUCCCUGUAUACCUAUCACCCAGUUUCAACAAUUACCAACUCAGAGAUAAGCUCUUAUCAACAAUAACCCGACCCAUAAGUCCCCUCCAGAUCCUUUGAAGCAAAACCCAGGUGUUACUUUAUUUCUAAAUAUUUAAGUAUGUCUCUCUAAAUUAUUAGAAGUUUAAGAAAAAAUAUGACCACAAUAUAACAGUAUCUUUUAAAGAAAUUUUUUAUUUUUUAAUGUAAACACUUUUAUCUAUUUGUAGUUUGUGCUUUUUGUGUCUUCUUUGGGAAAUCUUGUGUACUCUUGUAUUUUCUUAUGGAAGUAGUUUACAUUUGGUUCUUUAAUCCAACUGGAUGUGCGGUUUGGGUUUGUUUUUGUUGCUCUCGAUUUGUAAGUCAGAGAUCCAUUUCCCCCCCAUUUGAAUUGCCGUUCUUUGCUGCCUAGUCCAUCCUCCCCACUGACUGUGCCGUCACCGGUGUCAUGUUUUGUCAUAUGUCAUACGCCUAGGUUCUCCAGGCUCCUUCCUUCAUCUGUUCAUGUACCCUGUCCGUGGCACCCUGGCUUACUGACUGUGAUUGUUAGCAAACCUUGAUAAUUUACAGUCCGCUCUUCCCACUUCUUUUAUUCCUCAGAAUCACUUCAAGCCUUCCCGUUCCUUUAUUCUUUCAUAUAAAUUGUUUAUUCACUGUGUCAGAUUCCAGGAAUGGGCCAAUUAGUAUUUUUAUUGGACUUACAUUGAGUUGAGAGAUUAAUUUGGAAAGAAUGGAUGUUUUAAUACUUUACAAAAAUGUUAUGACUCCAUUUCUUUGUCUUUAAAUGUAUUUCAAUAAACUUUACAAAUCUU